CCUCCAUCUUUUCCCCAUUCUUCUUCUCCACGCCCCGACAGACCCAUCCCACCAUGUCGGUCGCAACCAUCACCACCAUCUCCCCCAUCACCAACCGUCCGCUUCUCAACCGUACCGGCGCCUCCCCGGAGGACAUUGUACGCAUCGCCGAGUCUGCCCAGGCGGCCUUUCGCUCUUUCUCCGAAUCCACCACUCUCAAGCAGCGCCAGGAGAUCGUCACCCGGGCUCUGGACAUUCUCGAGAAAAGGAAAGAUGAGCUAGCUAAGGAGAUUACCGACCAAAUGGGCCGGCCCAUUGCCUACACCGGAGUCGAAGUCGCGACCGCCAUCAAGCGCAGCCGUUACCUCGCCCGCAUCAGCGACACGGUCCUCGGCGAAGAGAGCGUUAUACCAGGCGAAGAAGAAGAGGGCUUUAAGCGAUACAUCAAGCGAAAGCCUGUUGGCGUGAUCCUGAUCAUUUUUGCCUGGAAUUACCCCUACCUUGUCCUCGUCAACAGCCUGAUCCCCGCCAUUCUAGCCGGCAACGCCGUGAUUCUUAAACCAUCCCCGCAGACCCCCACCAUCGCCGAGCAAGUCGCCGCGGCGUUCCACGAGGCGGGUCUCCCUAAAGACGCCCUUCAAUACGUACACUCCGGCUCUGCCACCCUCCUCGAAAGCCUCGUCCGCUCGCCCUCCAUCAACCACAUCUGCUUCACCGGGUCUGUGGAAGGCGGGCUCGCCACGCAGCGAGCUGCAUCAGACCGCAUCGUCAACGUCGGGCUAGAACUUGGCGGCAAGGACCCGGCGUACGUGCGCGAUGACGUGGACCUUGCGUGGGCGGCGGCAGAGAUCGUCGACGGGGCGAUCUUUAACAGUGGGCAGAGCUGUUGUGCGAUCGAGCGGGUCUACGUGCAUCAGAAUGUCUACGAAGGGUUUGUGGCGGAGGUGAAGAAGGUGCUGAGUGGGUAUAAGCUUGGGAAUCCGUUUGACAAGGAGACGCAGAUCGGACCUGUGAUUUCGAAACGGGCCAAGGAGGGGAUCGAGCUGCAUAUUGCCGAUGCGUUGGAGAAGGGCGCAAAGGAUGAGACGCCACCGAACGAAAGCUUUGAGAAUCCCCCGUCGGAGGGGAACUAUGUCAAGCCUACGCUGUUGACGGGGGUUACCCAUAAGAUGCGUGUCAUGACGGAGGAGACGUUCGGGCCGGUGAUUCCGGUGAUGAAGGUCGAGGAUGACGAGGAGGCGAUCAAGUGGAUGAACAGUAGUGACUUUGGCCUGACGGCGAGCGUGUGGACGAAAGAUAUCGCGGCUGCGGAGGACUUGAUCGAGCGAAUCGAGGCGGGAACGGUGUUUAUCAAUCGAUCGGAUUAUCCUAGUCCGGACCUAGCCUGGACGGGCUGGAAGAACUCAGGACGCGGCGUGACGCUCAGUCGAUUCGGGUUCGAGCAGUUUGUCAAGCUGAAGAGCUACCACGUGAAGGAGUAUCCGAAAUAGACGCUUGGUGCAUUUGCAGAUAGACGAUAAUGCUUUGUAAUGGCUUGAAUGACAUUGAUGUGACAAUGAU